AAUAAGCAAUAAUUUCGCUGUAUUAUUUAUCGAAUUCAAUACUUUUCCACACAGCCAAAACGAAUUUUGAAUGGUAAAAGAACAUGACUAUCUUGAUGCAAACAAAGAUCAUUUUUAUUUUCUUGUCGUUGCAUGAAAUGUCAAAUAGCGUUUGCCCGUGUGAGUGAAUUCGUUUUAUGUUUUGAUUUCGAUGUGACGAAUUCACGUUCGUUUUUUUAUACCCAUUGAUAAAAACAAUUACACGUGCGAUAUUCAAUAAAUGGUUUGAAAUUUGACCAAAAAAAAUAAUGAAAACGUAUAAAGCACUUUGUCAGUGUUGUCGAGGUUUUCAGGUUCAGGUUUUCAAGGCUGGCCAAAGUACAUUCGCAUUAAGCACCACAAGGCCGUGCAGCAGAAGCGUCUGAGGAUCCCGCCACCGAUCCAUCAGUUCUCGUAGGUUCUGGACAAACACACGGCCCAGCUGCUGUUCGGUCUGUUGGAAAAGUGUUCGGAGUCUUGACGGGAAAACUACUCCGGGUGUACGACGAGUACUUGGCACGAUAUAGCGAAAGCCAACAGUUGUCCCAGGCCUCUCAAACAUGGAAUUUGGACGAAGGAUGGCUAACGAACUGGAUUUAGAGAAGUCGGAAUCUUUUGCCCUAAUCAACAUUGCCUUCGACUACAGUGGUCAUUUCAUACUGUACCCCACCAUACUCGGAAAAAAAAUGGUUAAUAUUGAAACCAAUAUGUGCGCAAAGAAUAUCGGGAAGAAUGAUAACCUUCGUCCGAUACAUUUGACACUGUUCCAGGGUCGCGUCAAAAACUCCAAGACAGCAUUAACGCUGGAGCAUGAAGGCCGUGCCGUGAGCCGUGAGACAAGGCCGUGCUGCAGAAGCAUCUGAAGAUCCCACCACAGAUCUUGCAGGCUUUGGAAAACACACGGCCCAGCUGCUGUUCGGUCUAUUGGAGAAGUACCUGCCGGCUAACGCUGAGGCCAAGGCCGCUGGCAAGAAGGAACCUUCGGCAAAGAAAACCAACCGCCUGCGUCAGGGCGCCAACACCGUCGUCGAACUAGUCGAGCAGAAAAAGGGUCAGCUGGUUGUGAUCGCUCACGAUGUUGACCGCAUU